AUGCAAGAGCGAUCUAUCUCCGCCGAGGAGAUCUCACAACACGCCUCCCUCCACGAUCUGUGGGUUGUCGUGGACAGUGUGGUCUACGACGUCACAGCCUUUGCCCCGGAGCAUCCAGGCGGCGUCAACAUACUUCUGCAACAUGGUGGACGAGACGCGACAGCAGCAUACUCGGAGGUUCACUCGGCAUCUCUCAUCAAAACUUCCUUACCAUCUCCAUGUCAUAUAGGUAGAAUUGACGCAGCCACGAUCACCAAAUCUUGGACUGCACCACUAUCAGGAAGUGCUUCACCCCAGAAGAAGGGGGGGACUCUGAAACCGCCAUUAGAGAGCCUCAUUUGCGCUCAUGAUUUUGAGUUAGCUGCAGAGAAGAGCUUUACGCCAAAGGCGUGGGCUUUUGCGUCGUCAGCGGCAACGGAUUGCUAUACCAAGGACAGAAAUCGUGGGACAUACAGGGACAUCAUAUUACGUCCUCGUAUCCUCACGAACGUCAAAAGUGUCGACCGAGCCACGACUAUGCUAGGACACAAGAUACACUAUCCCAUUUUCUGUUCGGCUACAUCGAUGGGUAAGAUGUUCCAUCCUCAGGGCGAAAGAGAGAUCGGGCGUGCAUGUAAGAGUUUGGGGAUUCCUCAAAUGGUCUCGACAAGUGCUUCAUAUUCAUUUCUUGACAUCAUGAACGCUCACAGGGAGGGUGACAAUGGCAUGACAGGGGGUGUGCCGGUGUUCUUUCAGCUCUACAUGGACAAGAACCGCGAAAAGUCCAAGGCAUUAUUGAAGCAUGUCACAGAACAAGGCGCGAAGGCAAUCUUUCUUACAGUGGAUGCACCUGUCACAGGCAAACGCGAAGCCGAUGAACGGGUCAAGGCAGACGAGAGUAUUGGGUCGCCUAUGACCGGUGUUCAGGCUCAAAACGAUGAGAAAGGUGGUGCUUUGGGUCGGAUCAUGGGUGGCUUCAUCGACCCGACUACAGCAUGGGACGAUAUUGCAUGGAUACGUGAAUGCGCACCGGGAUUGGCAGUGAUCUUGAAAGGAGUUCAGACCGCUUCAGAUGCUGUCAUGGCCAUGCAUGCUGGAGUCGACGGUAUUUUACUCUCAAACCAUGGAGGCAGAAGUCUGGACACGUCGCCUGCAACGAUACUAGUUCUUCUCGAGCUGCAAAAGUGUUGCCCUGAGGUCUUCGACAAGCUAGAAGUCUACGUUGACGGAGGAAUAUCACGGGGAACCGACAUCUUUAAAGCUCUUUGCCUAGGUGCCAAAGCUGUGGGAAUUGGUAGAGGCUUCCUGUAUGCAUUGAACUAUGGCCAGGAAGGUAUCAAACAUUAUAUUAACAUCUUGAAUGAUGAACUUGAGACAACGAUGCGCAUGUGUGGCAUCACCAGCCUGGAUCAAGUGCAUCCUGGGCUUCUUCACACGGGCGCUGUUGACCACUUGAUACCCUCUGGAGAGAGCCACCCAUAUGCUCGCUGGAGCCCAAGAAUGAAGAGCAAACUGUGA